AUGCCAACUGAUGAACUGAUAACGAUUCGUCCAUUCGAACCAGGCGAUGAACAAGUAUGCAAAUGGUUAUUUGUAAAAGGCAUAGAAUAUGUACGUUGGCCAACAUUCAAACAAGUAUUAAAGUCAUAUACUGCAUUAGCUGUUGAUACUUUAGUACUAUUGAUUCUACUCAUUUGGCCCAAUCUCCUAAUGUUUAUCUUACCAUUCGUUUGCUUAUUGCUUUUGGCACUUUGGCUUUUAAUAAAACGAGAGGUCUAUGAGUAUUGUCAGCAUUCAAUUGACUCUGAUCUAGCCAAUAUUCAACAAUUUUACAUGAAUACGAAGGAUCGCAGAUCUCAUUAUUGGGUUGCUAUACUUAAUAAUUCAUCUAGGACAAUCGAUGGAUUGAGAUCAGGUGAUAUUGUCGGUAUGAUUGCAUUGGAAUAUAAAGACAAUGAUAACGGUGAAUUACGGCGGAUGAGUGUACAUCCACAGCUACGAAGAUUGCGUGUAGGCAUGAAAUUAAUUGGCGUGCUGCUUGACUGGGCUAAAGCGAAAGGUUAUAAAAGAAUUUAUUUACAAACAACUAUAAUGCAAAAACCAGCUAUUGCAAUGUAUAGAAAUGCUGGCUUCAAAUACUGUCAAAAUGGAAGUCGUUACGAUUGGAAAUCCAACAUAGCUUUUUUCAUGUUUGAAAAAACUAUUGAAUGA